AUGAAGAAUUUUUAGAAACAAGAGAGCAGUUGCAGAGAUUGCAGAAUGGUAACCACCUGCUGUUCCAACAAGUGCCAAUGGUUGAAAUUGAUGGGAUGAAGUUGGUGCAGACCCGAAGCAUUCUCCACUACAUAGCAGAAAAGCACCAUCUCUUUGGCAGUGACCUGAAGGAGAAAACCCUGAUUGACAUGUAUGUGGAGGGGACACUGGAUCUUCUGGAAAUGAUUAUCAUGCAUCCUUUCUUAAAACCAGAUGAUCAACAAAAGGAAGUGGUUAACAUGACCCAGAAGGCUGUGAUCAGAUACUUUCCUGUGUUUGAAAAGAUUUUAAGAGAUCAUGGACAAAACUUUCUCGUUGGGAACCAGCUGAGCCUUGCAGACGUGAUUUUACUUCAAACCAUUUUGGCUCUAGAAGAGAAAGUUCCUAAUAUCCUCUCUGUAUUUCCUUACCUUCAGGAGUACUCAGUAAAAAUAAGUAAUGUACCUACAAUUAAGAGAUUCCUUGAACCUGGCAGCAAGAAGAAGCCUCCACCUGAUGACACCUACGUGAGAACAGUCUACACCAUCUUUGCACCAUAA